AUGCCCACGCCCAGCGCGCAGCUGGAUCAAGGCAUCAUAAGCUCCAAUGGCGGCACGAGCGGGGUGUCGGCGUCGUCGACGCGGUUCCGGCACCGGAAGAUCAGCGUGAAGCAGAAGCUGCGGGUGUACAAGGCGUCGGAUCUCAAGGACCUGGACCAGGAUGAGCUCCAGCAGCGGGAGCUGCAGGAGAUUGAGACGGGGGUGGAGAAGAAUGAGGAGCGUGAGGUGCACCUGCACAAGAUCCUGCAGAAGAACCAGCUCCAGCUGCAGGACUUGUACAUUCCGACGCCGGACGCGUCGCGAGUGUGGAAGGAGUUUGACGAGAUGUAUCAGGGGCGGUUCACGACGCCUGCGAGCUACAUUCAAUUCUCGGUGCAGCUGGAAGAUUGCUGCGGGCCGGCGUAUAACAUGGACGAGCGGGACGAGGCGUACCUGGCCGAGCUAAAUGGCGGGGAGUCGGAGGCGCUGACGGAGGAUGAGUUCGAGCUGUUAAUGACCAACUUCGAGUCUGCGAUUCGCGAGCGGCAGCCGUUUUUGGCGAUGGACCCCGAGAGCCUGCUGAUGUACGAGGAUCUGAAGCCGACGAUGCUGAAGAACGACAUCGGGGAUGCGGGCCUGAAGACGGAGCUUGCAGCGGAGCUACAGCUGGGCGAUCAGCCCUUUGUCACGAAGUUUGAUAGCCCGGCGACGCUGCGAACGCGCAACAUGGUGGAGCUCAUCGAGAAGUAUGGCGCCGAGGUUUACGAGUACUGGAAGAAGCGGAAGGUCGAGGUUGCGGGCGGUUCGAUUAUUCCCUCGCUUAAGGCAGAGCGCAGCACAGAUAAGGACGACAAUGACCCAUACUUUUGUUUUCGUAGAAGAGAGGUCAGGCAGACGCGGAAGACGCGGAGGGUGGACACACAGAACAGCCAAAAACUGCGCCUUUUAUACCAGCAGUUGCAGUAUACUAAAGAGCUUGCGCUUCUUGUUGCAAAGCGAGAAAAGAUGUCCAUGGACAUGCUUUUACGCGACCGCGAAAUAUUCCAGUUGCGCUGCGAUAUUAAGACGGUGAAGCGAGGCUUGGGUAUCAAGGGCGAGGACGAGCUGCUCAUAUCGCAGAAGCGGCGCAAGCUCGUCAGCAAUGUGAUCACCAACAAGAAAUACGUGUCGACGCAGGCAGAUGCCGCUGCCCUACGGAGACUCAGGGUGGCAAAGGUGAAAGAUAAGAAGUUACUAAGCAAGCAGCUGUCAUCCACAGACCUAAAGCGCCAACAAUCCCAGCUGCAGAAGCUGGACCAACAGCAGCGGCAGCAGCAGCAGCAACAACAACCACAAAUAAAUGGCGCCCAAUGUCAGCAGGAUGGCUCUGGGGUAUCGCAUGUAUACGUUAAGCUCCCAACAUCGAAGAUCCCGGAUAUCGUUUUGGAGGAUGUUGACAAGGUGCUAUCGAUGAAAGAAAGGAACACCAAGCGGUUCGUGGAGGAGAAGAUGAAGAAAAGGCGCGAAGAGGAUGGUGACAUAUUUUUCAAUCUUACCGAUGACCCAUAUAACCCUGUCUUUGAAAUCACCAUUCCGCAGAACAUAUCUCCUACGAACGCUCCGUUUUCGUCUAUCGUUUCUUCUAACUUCGAAAUAAGCAGGUCAUACUACACCCCAAACUUACAGAAUUGCAUAACGGGCAACACCAAUUCUGUUCUAGCAUAUAAUAAAGAGGGAGAAAUCGUCGAGAGCCAGAAGUAUAAGAAAAUUGAGUUCUACAGCCCAUUUGAAGAGAAAAAUGAUUCGCAUACGCGGGAGAUUCCGGUGCGAUUCAGGCGGCGCUUGGGCCGUUAUGGCGUAGAGUAUAUCGACCGAAAGGACGUUUCCCGUAACCCCAGCGACCUCCUAGGCGAGUUCAUGGAUUUUUCCCUGAUAGCAGAGCAGGAACAGUCCUCCGACGCCGUUAACGUCUACGACUCUCAGCUGGACGAAUUGUUCCGUCUUCACGACAAAUGGAAAUACGACUCAGACCACAAUGCAUACGGCAUCAAGUUCUCUGACGAGCCGUCCCGGCUAAAUCAAAUCAGUAACGAAACCCAGGUUAUCAGGUUUGGAACAAUGCUCGGUACCAAAUCUUAUGAACAACUACGCGAAGCUACGCUUAAGUAUCGCCAAAAUGUCAUGGCCCAAAGAAAGAAAUUAGUUAACGCACAAAGGCAGCAGCAGCAGCAGCAGCAAGAGCAGCAAGAGCAAGAGCAUCAGCAAGCAUAG